AUGGCAGCCCUCGGCGAGGACCUGCUCAUCACUGUCAACAAGUUGCAAGAUUUAGUCUUCAACACCAUCGGCAGUGACUCUCUCGAUCUUCCGCAAAUCGUUGUCGUCGGCUCCCAGUCCGCAGGCAAGUCGUCCGUCCUGGAGAACAUUGUCGGCCGAGAUUUCCUGCCCCGAGGCAGUGGUAUUGUUACCCGUCGCCCUCUUAUCCUGCAGCUCAUCAACGUUGCCGAGGACGAGAACGCCCCCGACACUACAGAGGACCGUUUCCGCUCUCCCGCCGCUGCGCGACGUUCCGAGUGGGCAGAGUUCCACCACAUUCCCAAUCGACGUUUCAACGACUUUUCCGAUGUCAAGCGCGAGAUCGAAAAUGAGACGUCUCGCAUCGCCGGUACCAACAAGGGAAUCAACAGACAACCCAUCAACCUGAAAAUCUACUCUCCUCAUGUUCUCAACCUGACCCUCGUUGAUCUUCCCGGCUUGACCAAGGUUCCUAUUGGCGACCAACCGACCGACAUUGAGAAGCAGACUCGUAACCUGAUUUCCGAAUACAUUGCCAAGCCCAACAGUAUUGUCCUCGCCGUGUCGCCCGCCAACGUCGACAUUGUCAACUCCGAAGCCCUCAAACUGGCUCGUCAUGUCGAUCCCCUCGGCCGCCGAACCAUUGGUGUUCUCACCAAACUUGACUUGAUGGACCAUGGAACCAAUGCGUUGGAUAUUCUUUCUGGACGCGUCUACCCUCUGAAGCUGGGAUUCAUCGGCGUCGUCAACCGUUCGCAGCAGGAUAUCCAGGGCAGCAAGCCCAUGGAGGAGGCGCUCAACGACGAGAUGGAAUUCUUCAAGCACCACCCUGCUUACCGUAACAUUGCUACCCGGUGCGGCACCCGAUUUCUGGCCAAGACUCUCAACACAACCCUCAUGGGACAUAUUCGCGAACGUUUGCCCGACAUCAAGGCCCGCCUCAAUACACUGAUGGGACAGACCCAGCAGGAGCUCGCUAGCUACGGCGACAUGCACUUCAGCGGCAAGGAGCACCGCGGCUCUCUGAUUCUGCAGCUCAUGACCCGAUUUGCAACCUCCUUCAUUUCUUCCAUCGAUGGAACUUCGACAGAGAUUUCCACCAAGGAGCUCUGCGGUGGUGCGCGCAUCUACUACAUCUUCAACUCCGUGUUUGGCAGCUCUCUUGAAGCGAUCGACCCUACGUCGAAUCUCACCGCUCUCGAUAUCAGAACCGCCAUUAGAAACUCUACCGGUCCCCGACCCAGCCUGUUCGUUCCCGAAAUGGCUUUCGAUCUGUUGGUCAAGCCCCAGAUCAAACUUCUCGAGAUUCCCAGUCAGCGUUGCGUUGAAUUGGUGUAUGAAGAGCUCAUUAAGAUUUGCCACACCUGCGGCUCACAAGAGCUUCUCAGAUUCCCUAGAUUGCAGGCCAAGCUGAUCGAGACCGUCUCUGACCUCCUGCGCGAGCGUCUAGGUCCCUCGUCCACCUACGUUGAGUCGCUCAUCUCGAUUCAGCGCGCUUACAUCAACACAAACCACCCAAACUUCCUGGGCGCCGCGGCAGCCAUGAGCAAUGUCGUCAACGCCAAGCAAGAUCGUGAGCGCAAGAGGCUGAUCCAGGAGGAACGCGAGAGGAGAGAGCGCAAGCGCCUCAAGGAGCUUGGUGCGAACGGCGACGUGGAAGAUGUGGAAGAGGCCGACAAGGAGUCGCAAAAGCACACCAAGCACUCGCGCAGCCUGUCACCUGCUGUCCACGAAGGCCACAGCAGCCUCGCUGCCGCUGUCAACGGCCGCCCUCAUUCGCCCAUGAAUGGGCAAGGUCUCGGUGGCGCCAAGGACACGUUCCUCAACUAUUUUUUCGGUAAGGAGGGUCUCACGCCUGGUCACCUCGCGACUGGCAUGCCCAACGGCCGCCAACACAACGAGCCCAGCUUCUCUAGCAGUCUCCGCCGCGAAGAAAAGAUUGCUGUUCGUCCUGCGCCAUCCUCGCGCGACGACGAUUACGACCCUACGUCGCGCAGCUACGGUCUUGCAUCCCACCUCGGCGAGUCUAACGAACCCGCUCUCACUGACCGCGAGGCCAUGGAGACGGAGCUGAUCCGCGCGCUCAUCUCCUCGUACUUCAACAUUGUGCGCGAGUCGAUUGCCGACCAGGUGCCCAAGGCCGUGAUGCACCUGCUGGUCAACCACUGCAAGGACGUGGUGCAGAACCGCCUCGUCAGCGAGCUCUACAAGGAGACGCUGUUUGAGGAGCUCUUGUACGAGGACGACGGCAUCAAGAAGGAGCGCGAGAAGUGCGAGAAGCUCCUGCAGACCUACCGCGAGGCGGCCAAGAUUAUCGGCGAGGUGCUGUAA